AUGAAGAGAGCUAAAGAAUCCGACUCAACUUCAAAUGAUGCGGAAUCAUUACCUACGACGUACAAACCUCAGACUCAAGCUGAAGGUGUAAAAGUCGGAAACAAAGGCAAAGGCAAAGAGAAAGCGACAAACCUAUAUCGAACUCAAACAUGGCAUGGAUAUGCACUUAGAAAGCGAAAAAUGAGAUUAAAAACUUUUGCGAAAUAUUGUCCGCUGGUAUCCGCUAUCUUCGCUCCUUUAUCUACUUUGCUGGAUAUCCCUGCCCUGACACAACAUUGGUAUGCGCGUGAUGGAUCUCCGCAGCCAGACCCUAAAGCAUGUCUGGUGUUAUCAGCUGUUGGUCUAGCUUUGAAUAUCAUCGCUAAUAUCCUACUGGUUAUGAGAUUCUCUGCCAAGUCGAAAUGGUGGUGGAAGCAUUCGACUAGGUGGUCACUUAUAUGCUGGUUAGGCAAGACCAUCGUAGCAGCAAUCAACCUGAUCAUUUUCGGCAUUCUGGCGCGUAACAGUGAAGGAUGGACAUAUUUAGAAGGGUUCUGGUGUGCAGUAAUAUCGAUAAUCGACGCUGGGAUCAUAUCCAUCACCUUGCUAUUUCAUUACUUCUUUGCGUUCGGGCACGAACAGCAAGAUCAAUCUGAUAUUCGAUCCGAAGGUCGUCGAUUCAUGUUAUCCGUCACGGCAUUCAUAUCAAUCCUUGCAGUUCAAUCACUCGUCUUCUCACGUAUUGAACAUUGGUCGUACUCUGAUGGAAUAUACUUCUCGACACAAGUUGCUCUGACUAUAGGAUAUGGUGAUUUCGCACCUACCACUUCAGCGGGCAAGGUUUUGGUCUUCCCUUUCUCUGUCCUGACGAUCAGUCAACUAGGUAAUGAGAUUGCUCAGAUUAUUGGGUUUAUAAGUGCGAGAGCGGAAGAUAGGAGAGAGAAAUGGAGAAAGAAAUAUGAAUCUGCCAUGCACAGAGAAGCCAAUAAGGUUAGACCCAGGGCGAAUUUGACUGAGGAGAUGGCGCUUAUCCAUCAGAUCAAUCAAAGGGAAGAGCUUAUGAGUCAGAUGUACGAUUUGUUCUGGAGUGCACUGUCACUUAUCACCUUCUGGUUGGUGGGGGCUACCAUUUUCUCGGAAAUCGAAGGGUGGCCAUAUGGUGAUGCCAUCUAUACAGUCAUGAUUUUAUCCCUGACCAUAGGUUUUGGCGAUUACACGCCCAAGCAACCUGCUGGCAAAGUGGUAUUUAUCGUAUACGCUCUCAUGGCUGUACCUAUCGUCACUUCCUUUGCGGUUCAGACUAUCACAGGUCUGCUCAGUACAUACUCUGAAAGAGGCGCCGCAAGAGAAGCGUUUCUUGUCGAACAGCGUCGAAGCCCUGAAGCCUUCGCUCCUCAUGCCGAUCUCACUUUGAGAUACCAUGAGUCUUAUGAUCAGAUGAAGGGCAAAUCGUCUUCAGAUGAACAUCCGGUACCUUGGCAAGCUCGGACUGAUGGAGAAGACGGUCACGAACACCCUGACAGGGAUUCGAAAAACAAUAACGAAGACGAUCGUGGCGAGUCCCCUUCAGAUAUGACAGAGGACGAAGAUCCAACCAAUUUUACUGUAACGGGCCGAAAGAAAGAUCCUUCUCAGCAUCUCGAACAUGCCGAAGAGGAAUUGAGAGAUGAUUAUGAUCGAGCGAAAGAUAUGAUAGAUGAAAGAGAGAAAGAAGCCAAAGAUUGGGAAAGGAACAAAGUAGAACAACACGAAAGUCCCAUGACAAUGAAAUCGAAAGAUAAGAGGCAGAGGGAAGAUACAGCGAAGACUCUUGUCGAGCAUGAAGAAGUACCUAAGAUGGAUCCAACAUCGGAACGAGACGAGGCAGACGAGAAGCAACUAGAAAUUGAUUUGUUGAAACAGUUGCUCAGGAAGACCAUCCAAUUUGAAGCGGAGGCUCGACAGAUGUUAUUGGAUAGUAUGGAUAAGAGUGUCGCUAGGACUUUACUGUUGGCUGAUCGGAAUGUACAAGUGAGAGACGUGAGAGCUCUACGGGGAGAUGAUAAAGAUGUAUUAGCGAUAUGGCAAGGUGAAUCUGAGCAAACUUAUCGCUCGAAACAACAAGCUAGUAGAGACAUCGAGAGCCGUCACAAUCCUGAUUCUAGUGUGACGAAUAAUGAAACUUCGCCUGCACAGUCGAAAGGACAAUUGGAUAUGCUAUCUCGAGUGAGGAGGUAUCGAAAUACCUUUGCGGAGAUUCUGGUCGUGGGAAGUAUAUUGCAGAAAUUGGAAGGUCAGGAGAAAGAGAGAUUUGAAAGAUGGCGAGCGCAAGAUGAAGAUAGUCUACCAGAUGAGAGACAAGAAGAAGCCGACGGCGAUGAUGAGGGAGCGACAGAUAUCGAUAAACUUGCGGAUCAUAAAUGGGAUGGUCUGACUUUCCGAAUAUAUAAGCGAUGGGCGAGGAAAGUUAGGGAAAAUGAUUUACAUAAGUGGGAGACUGUUUGA